CUUUAGUUUGUAGUGAAGUUAGCAUUUCCUUCUGCUUGCUAUAGGAAUUAUCCAAUGAAGCUAGCAUGCUCCACGAUGUCUACUUAAUAUGAUUUUAUGGCACUUAAAAAUUUAUAGUUUCUGCAAAUGAUCUACAGUUUUUUUAAUCUAUUUUUUCUCAUCAGUAACUUUUAUGAAAACUAUAUUCUCGUAUAUGUGUGAUAAUUGUGUUUGGAUAAAUUCACUUGUAAGUAUAAUCUACGAGGGAUAUCAUUACAUAUAUAAACUAUAAAUUAAUUUGUUGUCGUAUUAAAUUAAAUGUUGGACAUUUUAUAUAUAGAUAUAUGUCGUGCUACAAGAAUGUUCUUACUUGCCGGAAUCCAAUCCGCAUAAUGAGGAAUCUGAAAAAAAAUAUUUUCUUAAAAGACUUCUCAAGUCAAUGCAAGUGCACAAAACAUAAACCAGCUGAAAUAUAAUUCCCCAUCAUAUCUUUAAGAAAUAAUGACGUAUAUAUAAGUUGUUUCCACAAACAGUUUGAUUCGAUCUAUUAUCUUUGAUCCGAUAUCAUCUAUGAAAACCGUAUGCAGACAUAAACAUUUUACUCUUGUCUAUUCAUACAUGCAUUACUAAUUCAAAGACUACUAUAAUAAAUUAUUAUUUACAUUCCAAGAAAAUUAAACUGAUUAUCAAAUUAUUUAUGUAUGAUAAAGUUAUUCAUCAAAAUAUAUAUGCUCGUUAUUGUGCUACAUUUUUUAUUAUAAUCAAUAUUAUAAUCUAGUAAUUAUUUAUUUAGGGUAACAAAGAUUUUAACCAGUUUAACUUUUAACGUAAAAACCCGAAUGCGAAAAAUCACUAAUAAUUUAAUCUAAUAAAUAAUAUAAUUAUUUGUUAAAAGUAAUAAAGACUUUAAUCAGAUUAACUUUCAAGAUGAAAACUCGAAUGCAAAAAACAAAGAUUUUAACCAGUUUAACUUUUAAUGUGAAAAUUCGAAUGCAAAAAAUCACUAAUAAUUUAAUCUAAUAAAUAAUACAAUUAUUCAUUAAAGGUAAUAAAGACUUUAAACAGUUUAACUAUUUAACGCGAGAACUCGAAUGCACAACAUAAAUUCGCAAUUAGUAGUAUAGAUAUAGGAUGUAUGAUUUUUUGCUUUUCUGCCUGUAUAUAUUUUUUUAACAUCUCUUCUGCCUGUAUAAAUUACGAAACGUAAUAGUAAGGAAUUUGUUUUUUACUCGAUAGGACCCACGUAUCAAUGAUUCGUUCUUAUUCUAACUCUCGAACAUUAUAUAAAACCCUCCCCACUCCCUCUUCUUACUUCAAACUCAUCCAUCUUCAUCUCUUACUCUUAUAUACCAAACUAAGACCAUGAUUCCGGCGGAAAUCACCGGUUACUUCCAAUACCUAUCGCCGGAAGACCUAACUAUGAUCCCGGCGGAGUUCAACGUAAUAAACAUGCCCUCAUCUCCAACCUCUUCCUCUUCACUGAACUACCUAAACGAUCUCAUCAACAACAACAACUAUUCCUCAUCAUCCAACGGCCAAGAUCUCAUGUUGAGCAACAACUCAACUUCCGACGAAGAUUAUCAUCAUAAUCAUCGUCAGAGCAUCAUCAUACUCGACGAGAGGAAGCAGAGGAGGAUGCUUUCAAACAGAGAAUCCGCGAGGAGGUCAAGGAUGAGGAAACAAAGACAUCUCGAUGAACUCUGGUCUCAGGUGAUAAGGCUUCGCAACGAUAACAACUGUCUUAUCGAUAAGCUGAACAGCGUAUUGGAGACUCAAGAUAACGUAUUGAAGGAGAACUCUAAACUCAAAGAAGAAGCUUCUGAUCUCCGACGGCUUGUCUGUGACCUAAAAUCUAACAAAUACAACAGUUUUUAAGAGAGCUCGAAGAAGUUUAGUGUUUCUUCAAGUUGAAUCGGAGGGGCAGAGAUUUUGAGUUAUGGUUGGUUCUCGAAUAUAAAGUUGGUAACGAUCAUGUACCAUAUUGUAUUAUACUCUGAAUUUAAAAAACGUAAUACAGUUCUGGAGCAUAUUCUUGUUCUCUACUCUCUACUUUUUUGUAUAUAUAUAUAUCAAAUUCAAUA